UUAGAAGCAUUUUCACAUUUAUGGUGUCAGAAAAAGAAACUAUGCAGAACUCAAAGCCACUUCUCUUCCUGUGUGUGGCUUGAAGACUGAGCAUAUUUUGCUAUAUUAGUCAGCUUUUUUAGUCUCCUGUGCUGAGUCUCCUUUUAAUGUUAGAAAAACAAAUAUCUUUGCUUGUUGCUGGUAACAAAACCAGAGACCUGGCAAAAGCUGUUGUAACACUAGAGCUCUUUGUUAAGUGUAUUUGCUUUCAGCUGCCUUGGGGUGCUCCUCUGAUCAGUGGUAUCGGUGCCCAAAGGAAGGAAAGGGGGUGGAGAACAGCCACCAGUUUUCUUUAAGGAGAGGUAGUUAAAUAAUUAGAGUGCUACUCAUCUUUUAUAAGCAGUUUGCUUCCUGGUGUCUCUCUCUGAUGGCUGCUGAAGAGGUCCAGAAAUCCGAUGUCUACAAGACCAAAUAAAGAAACCCAAACCAUUUCUGCCACUGCUUACUCCAUCUCUUGACAAAUUGUCCCUCCAUCUGGUGCCAGUUCAAGCCCUAUCUGGGACACUGCUGCAAGCUCUCAUCUCUUUUGGGGCAACUUUCAGUGGAGAAAAGAAAAGGAAGUUAAAAGACAUGUGAAAAAGUCAAGACUGCUGUGACGUGGAUAACUGUUCAUAUUCCCUGGGUAGCAGAGACACUUAAAUGAUGAUCUGUGCAAAGACAGACAAAGUUAUUUUUCUUGUCAAUGGUAUGACACAGUGAAACACAUCAACAAUCAAGUAAGAGCACAGGCAUUUAGGAAACACCCAGACCAUCAUUCUGGAUGUAGUGGAACCCGUAGGACAGGAGUCUUAUGAAACAAGUGAAAUAGUGGAAUUUGGCAAAAAUGGCCUGUGAAUUUAAUCUGAACUUCCUUAAGGAAUUGGAACGAGAGGCUGUUCUGGAAGUCCUAUACCGUGACCAGAUGGUGAGAAAAACAGAGGAGGAAAGAAUAAGGAAAAUGAAACUGCAGCUGCAGCAACUUCGGUGGAAGGGGGCAAAAAAUGCAAGGCAUGAAUACCAGGAGAGAUCUUGUGCUCGCUGUCAGAAGUCACUGGGGGUGUUGAUGAACAGAGGCGCAGUGUGCAAUGGAUGCAGUCAUCGGGUGUGCUCGGAAUGCCGUGUCUGCCUGACCCCCUGCCUUUGGAAAUGCACCAUUUGUUACGCUCAUGGAGAUGUGAAAGUAAAGGCUGGUGAAUGGUUCUUUGAGGAACGAGCAAAGAAAUAUCCAGGUGAAGGCAGACAUGAAACAGUUGGUGCAAAGCUCUUGGAAUCUUACCAGAAUCUGAGUAAAAUUUCUGUCGUACCUCCAACUCCACCUCCUUUCACAGAAUCAGCAGCAGGAACCAAUGUGAUGGUAAAUGAACUUGGUGAAUCUAAAAGGUUUAAUAAAUCUGUGGAAAACUUGUUUUUGUCUCUCACGACACAUAUAAAAAAAAUAUCAAAGUCCCAGAAUGAUAUGGCUGACAGGUGUGUCCUAACCACAGAUUAUGGGAAGAAUGUGGAAAGAAGAAAGCAAAGAAGGAGCCAGUCUGACACUGCAAUCAACAUUACAAGCAGGAUGAAAAGUACACCCAGUCUGCAACAGCUCGUCACUGGGGCCCAAAAUGACAGUGAAACUCAGAGCAAAAGUAGUUGCCAGGAGGAAGAAGACAUGACAACCAGUCCUACAAGUGAUACAGUUUUCUGUGAUGGCAGAAAACAUGGGAGUUUGUAUAGUCUUAACAGCACUUGCACUGAGUCUGGCAAUUUUGGCAAGGCUAACAUCACAGGAGAAAUAGAGUUUGCCCUAAAGUACAACUUCAGAGCUUGCAUCUUGGAAGUUUGCAUCAAGGGAUGCAGGAACCUGGCUUAUGGAGAAGAGAAGAAGAAAAAGUGUAACCCGUAUGUUAAGGUUUAUUUACUUCCUGAUAAAUCUCCUUGGAGUAAGCGAAAGACAGCUGUCAAAAAGAGCUCAGUGGAUCCAGAGUUUGAUGAGACAUUGAAGUACAAGAUUGAAUACUCCCAGCUAAGAAGUCGGCAACUUCAGAUCUCUGUGUGGCAUGCAGGAGCCCUCAAAUACAGGGUGUUUUUGGGGGAAGUGGUGAUUCCCCUGGCAGCGUGGAAUUUCGAAGAGGACUCGAUGCAGUUGUUGGACUGGUACCCACUCAAACCCAAGCUUGAGAAGCCUGAAGAUGAGCUUAUCCAGUACAGCGGUGAGCUCCUCAUGUCUGCAAGGCUGUCAGUGCCAGCCCAGUAUCAAAAUCUCCAGUUUGAAGGAAACAGAGACCAAGGGGUUCUCAACUGCCAGCUUCAGGUUAUGAUAUUUGGAGCCAAGAACUUGCCCAUGCUGAGAUCUGCUGGAAUGCUGAACUCCUUUGUUAAAGGUUGUCUUAUCCUUCCAGACCAAGCAGAGGUAAAGCAAAAGUCUCCUGUCCUGAAGAAAGAAGCCUGUCCACAGUGGAAACACUUGUUUGUCUUUGAUGGUGUGACCCUAGCUCAGCUGCAGCAGUCAUGUCUACACCUGACUGUCUGGCACAAGUCAACUUUCAGCUCAAGUGAUCAGUUCCUAGGAGGAGCCAAGCUUGGUGCAAAGGAAUUUUUUGGCUCUAUGGACCUUGUGUCUCAGGCAGUGCUCCAAUGGCAGGAAGUGCUCUGCAACCCAAACACGUGGACGGACUUCACACUUGUACUGCAUUCAAAUAAGGAAAACUUUAAAUCAUGAGAGGUUAUCACACAACAAUUUUCUUUCCCCACAUCUGAUGUUUUAAACUGAAGUAGUACAUGCACUUCAGGUCUAGGAAAACAGACACUGCAACAGCAUCUAUUCCAGUUUUUGGGGAAUAGAAUUAUGUAUUUGAA